AUGGAAUCGCUGAUAUUGUUGGAAGAAGGAGGAUGGUUGUCCAUUACAUAUGGAGUUGGUUUUGCCCCACAUGUCAUCAUGAUUGCUGUAGGAGAAGACAUCACAAAAAAAAUAAUGUCAUUUUCACAACAAGGGCCUAGAUCAAUUUGUAUUUUAUCGACAAAUGGUGUCGUCUCCACUAUAACUCUUUAUCAGCCAUCAACUUCUGGUGGCACUGUUAUAUAUGAGGGACGAUUUAAGAUAUUAUGUAUAUUGGGCUCUUUCUUGGUCAAUGAUAGUGGUGGAUCUUGGGGUAGGAUUGGUAGCGUAAGUAUUUCUCUUGAUAGUCCAGAUGGUCGCGUGAUAGGUGGUGGAGUUGGAGGUGUUCUAAUUGCAGUAACUCCAAUUCAGGUAAUAGUGGGAAGCUUUUUAUGCUCAAGUUCAAAGGCAAAGAAAAGAGCUGCACAAAGUGUAUAGGGUGCAGAAACUUCAGAUGUUCAGACCACUGACAAUUUCGUAAAUCCAUCUGAUGCUCUUUCAAACCAGAAUCUCACACCAUCCUCGUCAAUGGGAAUAUGGCCUAGUUCAAGACAGAUGGAUCUACAAACUGGCCAUAUUGACAUUGAUUUGAUGCGAGGAUGA